GUUUGAAACGUACGUGACGACGUCUGGAUACAAUUCCUUUGACAUAUUGGAAAAAUGGCGACCGACGAUUCAGACGUGCCAGAAUCUGGCGCUGUCUUCACCUUUGGGAAAAGUCGGUUUGCAGACAACACUGCCAAUAAAUUUUGGAUUCGCAAUGAUACUGUUAUACAAGUGUCAUGCGGUGAUGACCACACUGCAUUUGUUACAGAGAGCGGUCGUAUCUUUACAUUUGGAGCUAAUGAAUGGGGCCAGCUUGGAUUGGGUCAUACUAAAUGCACUAACAAACCAGGAAGCAUCAAAGCUCUGAAGCAUGAAGGUGUGGUCACGAUUGGGUGUGGUCGUCUACACACCAUCACCUACACCAGGAAUGACAAGUUGUAUGGCUUUGGGGGAGGAGGGGAGGGGCAGUUAGGUGUGGCUAGUACACAGGGAUUUGAUGCACCUGAAGAGAUCCAGGAAUUAGCCAAUCACAAGGUCAAGAUGAUAUCAUGUGGCACAGAACAUUCUGCUGUACUUACAGCUGAUGGUAGCCUGUACAUGUUUGGUAGUGGCUCUGAAGGGCAGUUAGGCCUAGGUGAGACUACAGAAACAGAUAUACCCAGACAGUUAGCAUUUCCAGUUCCCAUCAAGCAGGUCUCAUGUGGCUACUACCACACAGCUAUAAUUACAGAUGAAGGCAAGAUAUAUACGUUUGGAGAGAAUGAGUUUGGUAAGCUUGGUCUGAAUGAUGAUAGCGAUAACAGCAAGACACCACAGCAUGUUAGUCUUAUCAAGGAGAGAGUCAGUCGAAUAUCAUGUGGGAAUAGCCACACAGCUGCAGUGACAGAUAAUGGCGAUGUCUAUACAUGGGGGGAUGGUAGCUCAGGUCAGCUGGGCCAUGGACCUUCUAUUUUGGACCUCAGGAAACCUCAGAAGAUUAUGAAAUUGUCCGGAAAGAAAUGUAGAGAUGUAAUAUGUGGAGAGAGUCACACAGCGGUCAUCACAGAUAGUGGUUCCCUGUAUAUGUUUGGUGAUGGCAGACAUGGCAAGCUGUGUCAAGGAGAUGAAAGCUUUAGCAAUCUUUUCCAUCCAACUAAAGUCAGAAGGUUCAAGGGCUUCCGUGUUCAACAGGUAUCGUGUGGAGGAUGCCAGACUAUAGUACGAGCACGACGGAAAGACAAAUCCAAUGGUGAGGUAUCCUCAGACUCUGAUGGAGAAACAGACCCUCUUAAGUUGUCUGGUCAAAUGAAGAAGGGUAUGUUAGCAGCAGCACUACGCAAUGACCAAGGAGUUGACUCAGUGGAUCUAGGAGGAUCAUUUGAUGGAUCAGCCAGGGGUAGACGGCGACAAAGAGAAACAUCUCCAUUACCGCCCCUUUCUCGGACUCUGCCUCCUCUGGGUUCAGCUAAGGCAGGAGCUUUACCAUCUCUCAAUUCAACAAUUCCAGGUGGUUCUGGUCGAAAGCUAGACCAGAGCUUGAUACCGAACAUUAAACAUGAAGAAAAUGAGGUACAUGAAGAGUUGAUCAUAAAGAAGGAAGUGAAGACUGUAGAAGCUGCUCCUAGACUUGACCUAUUGGAAUUUACACAUUUCUCAGAAAGCAAAUCUGUGCAAGAGCUCAAACCCCUCCUAGAUGCAGCAAAUGGUAGUGCCAAAUCACAGACUUCCAGUAAUGGACCAGAGACAGAAGGUGUGGAUGAGGUGGACUCAGGGAGACCUGCCAAAGCUAAGGAAAAUACCAAACCGGUACCAAAGGAAAUGACUGCUGCAAAAACUAGUCAAAAUAAGGACAUUAUAAAUACUAAAUUAGGAUCAACCUUGAAGUCUAAGAAGCCAGAGAACCAUGAUUCUGGAGCUGAUUCAGAUGAAGAUUCAGAUGAAGAUUCAGAUGAAGAUGAUGAAGAGGAGGAUGAGGAGGAUGAGGAUGACAAUGACGGGGAUGAAAACUCAGUUGAUGUUAAGGCUGCUAAAAGACCUAAUCCAUUUGUUAGUUUGAUGCAGCCUACUCCAGCACCAAGGUCCAGAACUCAAGCAAAGAAGGUUCUAGAGGAAGAGGAAGAUGAAGAAGACGAUGAUGAAGACGAUGAAGAAGAUGACGACGAUGAUGAGGAGGAGGAUAGUGCAUCUGAAGAGCAAUCUGCUCGGAAUGUUCAGAGCAAGACAAAGGCUGGACUGGGUAAUGGAAGGAGCUCUGAUGAGGAUGAUGACAAGCAAGAGACAAGCAAGACAUCAAAAACUAGCAAGAAGACAACGAGUAGCAACACAAAGCAGACUAAGGUACAAGAUGAAGAUGAAGAUGACGAUGACGACGAUGAAGAAGACGAAGAAGACGAUGAUGAUGGAGAUGAAGAUGAUGAGGAUGAGGAUGAAGAUGACAAAAAUAAAGGAGAUAAAAAGUCCACAAAACCUGACAAGGAACUUUCCAAAAAUGAUCUUGAGAAUGAAGACAAGAAGAGAAGCCCAGAAGUUAAGAAGAAAAAGGGAAAAAAGGAAAAAGAAACAAGAGAGGAUGAUGAGGAGGAGAGGAAAAGAGAAGAUGGAGAUAAUGAUGAAGAGGAGGAAAACAAAGAUGAGACAGAAGGAGCCAGACAACCCGAUGAACCUAAGGCUUGGCAAUUCUGGAAGAAGAAGACCCCUACUUCAAGAGUGGAGAAGUCCUCCAGCAGUGUCUCCAGCGAGGAAAAACCAGCAAAUCAGAACAAAUCCAAAACCUGUUCCAUUUUAUAGCAGGGAAGGCGAGUUUGUUUAACAAUUGUUUAGUAGUUUUAUUGCUGCUUCUGAAAUACAUAGCAACAAUUUAAUUUCACAAACAUGACACACAUCCUCAGAUCACCAAUGCCAACCUUUGCUUAUUAGGAAAGGUGACUGGAAUUCACUCAUAAAUACUGACAUUGACAAGUCACAAGGGUACAGUCCAUCUUGAUAACUUUCUGCUUCCUUUUUUUAAAACAAUUUAAUGAUGAAUUUAUGAGCAGAAACAGUUGAAGUUCAUUACUGAGUAAACGGUGUUUAUACGUGGGUGCAGGGCAAAAGCUAAUAAAUAUUGAAUUUAUUAUCCCUCCCAUUUCUAAAGCCAGAAUGCACAUAUUUUUUCCCCAUAUGGUUCAACAGAUUGCACCGUCUCUGACUGCAUGCAUAUACAUAGUGGAAUGAAGGGAAGGGCUUUCAAAACUUUUAAUAAGGAAAAAAAAAGCAUUUGAAACACCAAUGGGAGGCAGCAGAUGUGCAGACUGAUUUAAAGUAAACCUCACUUCUAAUCAGUUUAUCCAUGCUCGAUUCCCAGUCAGGCCUUAUAAUGUACAUUUCAUUUGAUCUUUUAAGUAACAUAAAUUAUGAAGGAACAUUUCUUACAAAACGUAAAAGGUUUGUGUUGUCAAGAACAAGCCUUUAGAUCUGCAGCUAAUGGGCCAAUCAGAAGAUGGGAAACCAGAACCAUAUGGCAAAACAAAGUGUGAAGGAUACAAGAGAUGAGGCUUAACAAGGCUGUAUGUAACACUACGCAACAACAUGUAAUAGCUUGUGUGAGUAGAGUACAUUGACUUCAUUAUGUAAGGUCCCAUUUUAGUUGAGAUCACACUUGGUCAUCCAGUAGCCAUUGUGAGAUAUGAUGGACACUAGAGCAGGGCACUAUUUGGUCUGGUUCAACUCUUUUGUCUUUACCAAAAUGUACCCACUGCAAAUAGUGCCAUUCCAUUGGGUUUGUCAUUUCUCAAAAACUUCAGUUACAGGUUUGUAUUUUCAGCUAGAAAAAGGAUCAGCUUUGCGUUCGUAGUUUUAUGUUAUUUACUGAUGAUGUCACCUGAAAACAGUCCCUGAGUACUAAUGUACAUUAAAGCAACAUUUUUAUGUAUAAAUGUCUAAAUUUGUAAUUGUUGUGUACAUAAUGACAAAUCUGUAAAUGAACUAAUUUAUUUUUAUGAGUAAGUUUCAAAUGUACACAAAAAUCUGAUUUUGUGUUUGUUGUAAUUUGUUGUGGUAAGACAUCAGUUGACAUUGAAUGCAUUGUGUGGUUAAGUCUGAACAAUGUCUGCACUUUUAAAUAGCAUUUUUGUAUCCAUAAACGUUCAAUGUGUUUCUUUGAAAUAACACACUUAUGUGUGUGACAUUGCUUGUAUGAAAUGGCAAGUGAUGGCUGCAUUUCAUUUGUUUAUGGGCAAAACAAGUAAAGCUGUUUACCUGGAUUUGGAUCAUCAUUUUUGAUAGAACAAAAUGAAUUUAAAAUAUGCAUUUUUCUUUUCAUUUGUCCGGUAUAAUGCCAAUGACAUGUAUGACUGUGUGCUGCAUUGUGUAAACCAUGGAGGUGUGGUUAUGUGGGCAGGUUGGAGUUGGGACGCGGUUGAAGGAGGUUGGAGUAAAAAAUGUGUGGAUCACAGAUGUUAAAUAAGCAUAAUAUUAGUGUCAAAAUUCAUUGGCAUUACAUUUUUGUCUUAAAUGAAAUGUUACCCAUCGAUAAGACAAAAGAGCUUUGGCGCCUUUGUGUAGCUACCGGUACACACUGCUGCAAUGUGGCAUCACUACCACACCAGGUCAGGCUCACAUCCUGGAUAGUUCACAUGCAGUCCCUAACAACACAUCUCACAUAUGUGUAUCAAGGUCUCACAGACAGCAAUUCACAUCCCUAAAUUUAGCAAUUUACAUCCCUAAAUUUGUUCUUUAUAUUUACAAAUAAAAUGUAGUUGCUUUACAGCUGAUUGUCACCACA